AUGACAAAAGAAGAAGCUAUUAAAUUAAAAGAUCAAGGAAAUGCUUAUUUAAAAGAUCAUAAAUUUGAUCAAGCUAUUGAAUCAUAUACUGAAGCAAUCAAACUUGAUCCUAAAAAUGCUAUUUUUUAUUCCAAUAGAGCUCAAGUUCAUAUUAAAUUGGAGAAUUAUGGAUUAGCUAUUCAAGAUUGUGAUUCUGCUAUAUCUAUUGAUUCUAAUUUUUUAAAAGCAUAUUAUAGAAAAGGGGUUUCAUUAAUGGCUAUAUUACAAUAUAAACAAGCACAACAAAAUUUUAAAUUUAUUUUAAAUAAAUUACCAAAUGAUAAGUUAACUUUAGAAAAUUAUAAACAAUGUACUAAUUAUUUAAAAAGACAAGCAUUUGAAAAAGCUAUUGCUGGAACUGAUCAUACAUUAGUUAUUAAUAGUGUUGAUUAUCAAAGUAUUCAAAUUGAAAAAUCUUGGGAAGGUCCAGAUUUAGAAAUUAUUCCAACUAAAAAAAAUGGAGAAAUAACUGUUGAAAUUAAUGGAUUAAAUCAUGAUUAUUUAAAAUAUAUGAUUAAAUUAUUUAAACAAGGGGGGAAAUUACCUAAAAAACAUGUUUUUGCAAUCAUUACUAAAGUUUAUGAAUUAAUAAAAAAAGAACAAACAAUGACUGAAAUUACUUUAAAUCAUUCUAAAAUUAAUGAUAAAUUAAAUGAUGAUGAAAUUAUAGGGGGUAAAAAAUUGACUGUCGUUGGUGAUACUCAUGGACAAUUUUAUGAUUUAUUAAAUUUAUUUUCAAAAUUUGGCUUUGUUUCAAAUGAUCAUAUUUAUUUAUUUAAUGGAGAUUUUGUUGAUAGAGGAUCAUGGUCAUGUGAAGUUGCAUUAUAUCUUUAUGUUUUAAAAAUUCUUUAUCCAUUUUCAAUUUUUAUUAAUAGAGGAAAUCAUGAAACUUCAGAUAUGAAUAAAACUUAUGGAUUCACCGAUGAAUGUGAAUAUAAAUAUUCUAAAAAAAUAUUUGAAGCAUUUAGUGAAUCAUUUGGUGCAUUACCUUUGGCUUCAUUAAUUAAUCGUGAAUAUCUUUGUAUGCAUGGAGGAUUAUUUUCAAAUGAUAAAGUAUCAUUAAAAGAUAUUAAAUCAAUAAAUAGAUUUCCUUCAAUGGUUCAACUCAACCUCCAAAAGAAGGUCUUGCGAUGGAAUUAUUAUGGACUGAUCCUCAAGAAAUUAAUGGUAGAUCUCCUUCAAAGAGAGGUAUUGGUAUGCAAUUUGGUCCUGAUAUAA